UGUGUCCUCCUCGUCACCAGGUGGCAGCAGAGAGGCAUGGCGCAGUUUACCCGAUUCAAGUGAUGUUGAACUGGGCUGGAGAGUAACUAGCAGCAGUGUGUGGCAGCCUUCAAGGCGGCUCUGCUCUGCUUUUUCAUUGAAUUCUGCUGUUUAGAUGUUUCCUCGCUGAGAGAAAAUGCACCCGGUCAGAGUGUCUAUCCCGUCGUUCCGCUCCGAGAACAACUCCAUCGAGAAAGGCUACACGGUGUUUAAAAUUGAGGUGCUCAUGAAUGGCAGACAACACACUGUUGAGAAACGUUACAGCGAAUUUCAUGCAUUGCAUAAAAUGCUGAAGAAGAGCAUAAAGCCGCCAGAGAUUCCUUCUAAACAUGUUAGAAACUGGGUUCCCAAAGUGCUGGAGCAGAGGAGGCACGGCCUGGAGCUCUAUCUGCAGACUAUAAUUAUGGAAAAUGAGGUUCUUCCAAAGAUAUUCCUGGAUUUCCUGAAUAUCCGCCAUUUUCCUUCAGUGCCAAAAACAGAAAGCUGUGGGUCAUUUGAUACUGAAUCAGAGGAAUCAAGUAAACUUUCACACCAGCCAGUCAUGCUCUUUCUGAGAGACCCCUACCUACUACCAUCUACCCACGAUACAUUUUCAAAUGUUGUGAUUGAAGGUGUGGUACACGGAGUUUUCUACCCAGACCUUCAGCCAAGGUAGAGUUCAACCAAGCCACCGCGGAGGGCUCACUGCUGCAAACGGAUGCUUCAGAUGUUCACGCCAUUUUGAGUUUAACCGAUGACCUCUGUAGAUACUCCAGAUGACACCAAACUUGUCUGACCUGCUCACUGACUCACCAUCACUCUUUUCCUUGUGUGACCUAACCAGCACUAUGGUGAUGACCUGUGACCUGUUUGAAUAUGUACUGAGUAAAAUGAAUCCUGAGGUCAUGCUUUUGUGUUUUAACAAAAUGUCAUUUCAUAGAGAUCCAUCUUGUAGAUUUGUAUUUAUUUAUACAGUGUAACCCUGUACUGCGUGUGCUCUUGACUGUAUGAAAUGUGUCAAUUAUGUGCCAUAAUGUCUACGAUGAACAACACUGGAGUUCUACUGUAGCACUUUAGGAUGGGCAAUAUGUAAAAUAUUAAGACUGACCAAUAAAGUUGGUAAUUUCCACAAAA